AUGAAAUUCCCUUGGUCAAAGACGGCCGAGGCCGAAAAGUCAACCACUUCAUCAGACACCGGUGUUAUCAACGACACAGUACAUGAUACACCGAUUUCAACAACAGAGCAUGUCGACCUGGAGAAGCGACCUUUUGAAGAGGUCGAUGGAGUUAAAACAGCUACAGAAAACCAGACCGUUGCCGAUCCAGUCACAGACGAGAAAAGUAAUGAUGAAGUCACUCGUACCCUGUCCACGGCUACACAGUCCUCAGCAGGUGAAGCUGGUGUCGAUGAUGAGUCAAAAUAUAUCACAGGAACGCCCCUGUACUUGCUCACCUUCGGGUUGACGCUCUCCACCUUCGUUGUCGCCCUUGACAAUACCAUCAUCGCAACAGCCAUUCCCAAGAUCACCACUGUCUUCAACUCACUUGAUGAUGUCGGUUGGUACGGAUCUUCCUAUCUAUUGACGACCACAGCUCUCCAACCUUCUUUCGGCAAAGUUUACACAUACUUCAACGUCAAAUGGACAUACAUAUCGGCCCUGAUAAUCUUCGAAGUUGGUUCCGUCUUGUGUGGUGCUGCAGUCAAUUCGGUAAUGCUCAUUGUUGGACGAGCUGUUGCCGGUGCAGGAGCCGCAGCCUUGUUCUCGGGAGGUAUGACCAUUGUUGGAUAUACAGUGCCUUUACGGAAAAGACCCAUCUAUAUCGGACUGCUUUCCAGUAUGUUUGGUAUUGCUUCCGUGGUGGGACCAAUCUUGGGAGGUGCCUUUACUGAUCGUGUAUCGUGGCGCUGGUGUUUUUAUAUCAAUCUUCCUAUCGGUGCCAUUGCUAUCGCCGCUGUCUUCUUCUUCUUUUCGAACCCGGUUCGAAAACACAGUGAUCUGACUCUGAAGCAAAAAAUCGGCCAGAUCGAUCUGCUGGGUGCCUUUUUCUUGAUCUGCGCAAUUGUGUGCCUACUUUUGGCACUCCAAUGGGGCGGAACCACCUAUCCUUGGUCACAUUCCAAGGUCUGGGGCAAUAUCCUCGGUUUCGGACUUUUGAUUUCGGUCUUCACAGGUAUUCAACUCUGGAAAGGUGAUACCGCGACUCUUCCUCCACGUAUUAUGUUGAGGCAACGAACGGUGUUCGUGUGUGCAUUUUUCUCCACCUUCCUAGCCAUGGCCCUCUACACUCAUAUCUUCUAUCUUCCCUUCUACUUCCAGGCUGUCAAGGGAACUACCGCCGAAGAAUCUGGAAUCCGAACAAUCCCUUACUUGGUCAGCAUCACACUCUCCUCAAUCGGUGUUGGGGCCAGUAUCACCAUAUUUGGUCCUUAUGUACCGUUCACAUGGGUAGGAUCGGCUGUUUUUGCUGUGGGUUGUGGUCUCUUGUAUACGCUCAAAGUGGACUCUUCCACCGGCACCUGGAUUGGGUAUCAGAUCUUGACUGGGUUUGGAGCUGGUGCAUGUGUUCAGAUUCCCUUUAUCGCCGUGCAAGUUGUUCUGAACAAGAAAGAUAUGCCAAUUGGAAACGCCGUGGCCAUCUUUUUCAAUUCCCUGGGAGGUGCCGUCUCCAUUUCGAUUGCACAGAACAUAUUUUCCAAUACCCUGGUUAAACAGAUCCCAAAACAUACAACAGGGGUUGACCCAUGGGUCAUUGUCGCUGCUGGUGCUACUCAUAUCAAAGAAGUGACACCACCUGAUCAGCUUGCAGGUGUACUCGAGUCUUAUAAUCUCGCCGUCACCACCGCUUUCAUCUUGGCAAUUGCUUGUGCUGGGAUUGCCUUUAUCCUCUCACUAGGAUUCGAAUGGAAGAGUGUAAAGGGAAAGAAACUCGACAUGGGUGGAGGUGCAGCUUAA